AUGAUCUCGAACGUUAAAGUUGCCAUCGACAGAGGUGGAACCUUCACCGACGUGAUUGCCGUGAUCCCUGGCCAGGAGGACUUUGUGUUCAAGCUGUUGUCAGUGGACCCAGAUAACUACAAAGACGCAAAUGUCGAGGCUAUCCGUCGAGUUCUCGAGCAUCUCUCCGGGGAGUCAAUCCCCAAGGACAGUCUGCUGGAUACCAGUUCUAUCAGCAGUAUUCGACUCGGAACAACCGUGGCCACGAACGCUCUUUUGGAGCGUAAAGGUGCUCGGUGCGCUCUUUUGACUACCAUUGGAUUCAAAGACAUUCUACGUAUUGGAGACCAAACUCGGCCGGAUCUGUUUGCCAUGCGUAUUCGCAAGCCAGAGGUUCUGUACGAGGAUGUCAUUGAAAUCAAAGAACGUGUGACCGCCCCUGAUUACGAGGAGGACCCAGAUCAGGUCAAGUUUGACCAUUUGGUUGGUACCGAUAAGGAUUAUGUGAGUGGUGUUACGGGACAGACGUACCAGAUCUUGCAACCAUUGGAUCUGGAAGACGCUCGUGCUCAAUUGGAGACCUUGAAAGCCAAAGGAAUCAUGUCUCUUGGAAUUUGUUUGGUUCACGGAUACGACUACACUGACCACGAGAUACGCUUGAAAAAGUUGGCUUUAGAGAUGGGAUUUGAGUUUGUUGCAACCUCGCACGAGCUCCUUCCAAUGAUCAAGGCUAUUCCAAGAGCCCAAUCCGUGGCCGUGGAAGCGUACUUGACCCCAAUUAUCAAAGAAUACAUUGCGUCGUUCUUGCAAGGUUUCAAGCCAGGGUUUGAGAAGACAACCAGAGUCGAAUUCAUGCAAAGUGACGGUGGACUGGUUCCAUACACAGACUUUACGGGACUUCGUGCUCUAUUGUCUGGCCCGGCUGGUGGUGUUGUUGGCGAGGCCCAAACCUGCUACGACCCGACAGAAGGCACUCCUAUUGUUGGAUUCGACAUGGGUGGAACUUCAACAGACGUUUCCAGAUACGAUGGUGGCUACGAGUUUGUGUUCCACUCAAUUACUGCUGGAAUCCACGUUGCAGCUCCUCAGCUGGAUAUCAACACGGUUGCAGCCGGUGGAGGAUCGAUCUUGGAGUACGUUAACGGCGUUUUCAAAGUUGGCCCCGAAUCUGCUUCUUCUCACCCUGGUCCUGCGUGCUACCGCAAGGGAGGACCGCUUACCAUUACUGACGCAAACCUGUACGUUGGUCGGAUUCUGCCCGAGUUCUUUCCGCACAUCUUUGGCCCCAACGAGGACCAGCCGUUGGAUUAUGACAUUGUGGAUCAGAAGUUCAAGCAGCUCACAGAGAUCAUCAAUGCAGAGAACAAGGAUUCCCAGAAAACGCCUCAUGAGGUUGCCCUGGGUUUCCUCGAGGUUGCGAACCAUAACAUGGCCAAGCCUAUUCGUGCACUGACCGAAUCCCGUGGCCACAACGUUGCCAAACACAACCUUGCCUCGUUUGGCGGAGCAGGCGGACAAAACUGUGUGGACGUUGCCCGAAUUCUCAACAUGAAGAAAGUCAUCAUCCACAAGUACUCCUCUGUGCUAUCUGCGUACGGAAUCGGUAUGGCCGAUGUGGUAAAGGAGAAGCUCGAGCCCCACGACGACGUUUACUGCGACGCGGUGCGCGACAAACUUCUUCUGAGAUGCUCCCAGAUCCAGGCCGACCUGACUGCAAGUCUCGUCAAGCAAGGAGUGGACCCAAAGACAGUUGAGAGCAAGUUCUAUUUCAACCUGGGAUACCGUGGAUCGGACACCAAACUGAUGAUCGAGCAGUCGGAGAUAGAUUUCCUCGACGCUUUUGUCAAACGUCACGAGAGAGAGUUUUCGUUUGUCGACCCGUCCAAAUCAGUCAUUGUUCACGACAUCAGAGUCCGUACCACUGGAUCCACAUCCAAAAUUCCACAAAAAUCGCCAUUUGAUCGGGAAGGUGUUGUGGAGACAGAGGUUGCAGAUUCUUUGAAGCUCAAGACCUCUCCAGUGUACUUUAGCGAGAACAGUCAUGGUGUUGCUCAUGAAACGCGCAUUUUCCGCAUUCCGGAUCUUGCUCUGGGCCAGACGGUUCAAGGACCUGCCAUUCUGCUGGAUGCUACACAAACUAUUUGCGUGAAUCCAAAUUCUAGAGCACUGAACCUGGAAAAACACAUUGUGAUCGAUCUUGGAGAAGAAUCAAAACUCAGCGCGGUGGCGUCCUCCAAAACACUCUCUGUUGAUCCUAUUCUGCUUGCCGUGUUCCAAAACAGAUUCAUGGCUAUUGCCGAAGAUAUGGGAACUACUCUGCAAAAAAUUAGUGUUUCGGCCAACAUCAAAGAACGGAUGGACUUUUCGUGUGCGUUGUUUGAUGCAGACGGAAACCUCACGGCCAAUGCGCCUCAUGUCCCUGUGCAUCUGGGAUCCAUGUCUCAUUGCAUCCGGUAUGCUAAGAAAUACUGGGGCAAAAACAUCAGGCCAGGUGACGUUCUUGCUUCCAACCACCCACAAGCCGGAGGAACACAUUUACCAGACAUCACUCUGAUCUCGCCUGUCUUCAUUGACGACAAGAUUAGAUUCUUCACUGCUUCUAGAGCUCACCACGCAGAGAUCGGAGGAUCUGCUCCUGGUUCGUGCGCAGCUGAUGCUACCGAGCUCUACCAGGAAGGAGCACAGUUCUUGCACUGGAAGAUUGUGGAGAACUCCAAGUUCGAUUACGACGGUGUGCAGAGAUACUUUGUUGAAGAGCCAGCAAAGUAUCCUGGGUGCUCUGGUUCGAGAAAUGUGAAUGACAAUCUGUCUGACCUGAAAGCGCAGAUCGCCGCAAACCUUAAGGGAGUCCACCUCCUGGAAGAUUUGUUUGCGGAGUACGGAACAGAGGUGGUGCUAUUCUACAUGACCAACGUGCGGAAAACAGCAGCCACCGCGGUGCGUAACUUCUUCAGGAAAACGGCCGAGAAGCUGCACGACCAGCUACCAUUGCGUGCAACCGAAAUAAUGGACGACGGAUCAAUUAUCAAUGUGACGAUCGACAUUGACGGGGAGAAAGGUGAGGCGUUCUAUGAUUUUACAGGAACUUCAGAAGAGGCAUACAGCCCUUGCAAUGCCCCAAUUGCUAUCACCCACGCAUGUAUCAUCUACUCCUUGAGGUUAAUGCUGGAACAAGAUAUCCCUUUGAACGAAGGGUGUCUCGAGCCAGUCAAAAUGUUCAUCCCAGAAGGAAGUAUUCUGAACCCGUCCGAGUUUGCUGCUGUUGCUGCUGCCAAUUCGACCACCUCCCAGAGACUCAAUGACUGUCUGCUGAAAGCCUUUGGACUCUGUGCGGCCUCUACCGGCUCCAACAAUACCAUUGGGUUCGGAAAGGGCGGAAAGAACCACGAAACCGGCGAGAUCAAGCCCGGAUUCGCCAUGGUGGAGACCAUUGGUGGUGGAUCUGGAGCCAGCGAGGGCUACCACGGAUGGUCAGGCGUGCACUGUCACAUGACCAACACAAAGAUCACUGAUCCGGAGAUCUUUGAAAAGCGGUACCCUGUGGUUCUGCACGAGUUCAGCAUCCGCAAAAACUCCGGCGGUAAGGGUAAGUGGAAUGGAGGAGAUGGACUGAUCAGAACGAUCGAGUUUACUACUGAUUUGUCAUGUACUCUUCGUACUCAGCGCAGAAACAGUGGACCCUAUGGCGUUCAUGGCGGACAAGCAGCUAAAUUGGGCAAGAAUCUGCUUGGAAAGAUCCAAGAAGGCAAGUUCAGAUGGAUCCACAUGCCUGCUUUUGCCCAAUUCCAGCUGCACAAAGGAGAAUUUGUCAGUAUUGUGACUCCCGGCGGAGGAGGAUAUGGAGCCCCAACAGAAACGGAAUCCGUCCCGGCCUACGUGCGUCCUGUUGAACAGACGGUGUUCAAGCCUAUUGCUGGUGGCUCUCUGGCCUUGAAAACCGAAUUGGGAAAUACCUCUCAGUAA